AUCUACAGAUCAACCGAUCUAGCGAUCUACAGAUCCACCGUUCUUGCAUUCUUCCGAUCCACCGAUCUGGCGAUCUAUAGAUCCACCGAUCCAUUGAUCUACAGAUCACUUGAUGUAGCGAUCCAUCGAUCUUCCGAUCCAUCGAUCUACUGAUCCACCGAUCUAGCGAUCCACAAAUUUAGAGACGUAUAAAUCUAACGAUUUACCGAUGCAUUGAUCUACCGAUCUACCGAUCCAUCCAUCUACAGAUCCAACGAUCUAGCGAUCCAUAGAUCCACAGAUCAACCGAUCUAGCGAUCUACAGAUCCACCGUUUUUGCAUCCUUCCGAUCCACCGAUCUAGCGACCUAUGGAUCCACCGAUCUAUUGAUCUACAGAUUACUCAAUGUAGCGAUCCAUCGAUCUACUGAUCCAUCGAUCUACUGAUCGACCGAUCUAGCGAUCCACCGAUCCACAGAUUUAGAGACGUACCAAUCUAACGAUUUACCGAUGCAUUGAUCUACACAUCCACCGAUCUACCGAUCCACAGAUCUACAGUUCCAUAGUUCUACCGAUCUACCGAUCCAUCCAUCUACAGAGUCAACGAUCUAGCGAUCCAUAGAUAUACAGAUCAACCGAUCUAGCGAUCUAUAGAUCCCCCGAUUUAGCGAUCUACCGAUCCACCGAUCUAGCGAUUCACCGAUCAAUUGAUCUACUGAUCCACCCAUCUAGCGAUCUACAGAGCUAGCGGUCUCGCAAACUAGAGAUCCACCGAUCUAGCAAUCUACAGAUCCACCGAUCUAGCGAUCUACAGAUCCAGCGUUCUUGCAUUCUUCCGAUCCACCGAUCUAGAGAUCUACAGAUCCACCGAUCCAGCGAUCCAUCGAUCUACCGAUCUGGCGAUCUACAGUUCCACCGAACUAGCGAUCUACAGAUCCACUGCUCUAGCGAUCUAUCGAUCUACAGAUCCACCGAUCUACCGAUCUAUAGAUCUACCGAUCAAGCGAUCUAUAGAUCCACCGAUCUAUUGACCUACAGAUCAACCGAUGUAGCGAUCCACCGAUACAUCGAUCUAAAGAUCCAAUGAUCUAUCUAUACAUCCAUCUACUGAUCCAACGAUUUAGCCAUCCACCGAUCCACAGAUCUACAGAUCAACCGAUGUAGCGAUCUACCAAUCCAUCGAUUUAAAGAUCCAACGAUUUAGCGAUCCAUUGAUCUACUGAUUCAACGAUCCACCGAUCCACAGAUCCAUAAAUCUAGCGAUUUACCGAUUGACUGAUCAACAGAGCCACCCAUCUAUUUGAUUUACAGAUCAACCGAUGUAGCCAUCUACCGACUCAUCGGUCUAAAGAUCCAACGAUCUACAGAUCCACCGAUCUAGCGAUCUACAGAUCCAUCGAUCUACCGAUCCAACGAUCCUUUGAUCUAGUGAUCCAUCGAUCUACAGAUCCAAAAAUCUUGCGAUCUACACAUCCACCGAUCCAGCAAUCUGCUUAUCCUUCGAUUUACAGAUCCACCGAUCCCGCGAUCUACCGAUUCACAGAUUUACUGUUCCAUAGAUCUAGCGAUGUACCGAUCCAUCCAUCUACAGAUCCAACGAUCUAG